AUGGGAGACCUACCACAUUUCAGUGACCAGAUUGGAGGUUUCAACCUCUCCUCCAUUCCUCCUGCUGAUCCGGCAUACACCCCUCUUCUUUAUCGUCUUAGAGAAGAGACUUUCCAAAACCGAACAACCCAAAUCAGACACGGUUCCAAUCUAAGACGCUUUACACGAGAUGACUCACUCAAUAUCCCAUCUACGAUCAAGGAAAGUUUUGGAAUCGACUUUGAUCAAUUCAUGCACCGAUAUGGAUUGACUGGUUGCGUCGUUGUGCAGAAUGGUGCUAUACGCCUCGAAGAGUAUCGGCAUGGAAACUCCAAAGCUUCGAGGAACGAUGUGCAGUCUGUCACCAAGUCGGUAGUUUCUACGGCAUUGGCUAUUGCCCAGCAGGAGGGAACACUAUCGGUCAAUGAUCCUGUAUCUCGUCAUGUCGAGGAGCUCAAGGGGACUGCUUGGGCAGACGUCCCGCUUCUCGCACUAUCCAGCAUGUCAUCAGGAGUUGUUGAGCAAUCUGAGGACGAAAGACCAGCUGAUGUACCAAACCCAAUAUACGCAACUGAGCUCUACCCCCAGACUGAUCCCGAUGCUGUUCUCAACUGGCUCAAAACCGCGAGGAAGGUGGCCGAGCCAUGGGAAGAGUUUCACUACUACAACCCAAACUACUACGUACUGUCAACAGCUAUAUCUCGUGCUACAAAGGAGCCUCUCGACGAGUAUAUAUCUCGCACGAUAUGGGAACCGGCUGGAAUGCAGUACGAUGGCUAUAUACGUACCACCGCCGCAGGUCACGUUGACGGACAUGGUGGCUUAUCAGUUACUCUGACAGACAUGGCACGUUUUGGGUGUUUUAUUCUAGAUGGGAUGAAGGAAGAAGGAAAAGGACCAAAUGUGCCCCCUGGGUGGUUCCAGGAUAUAUCCGACGCCAAGUACAGUAUUGGAGCCAGGGCUCUCCAUCCCGACAACUUUGUGUCCAACUUUGGCUAUGAGAGCGGUUGGUGGACAACUGGCAGAGGCGAUCCGAAUGAGUACAAGAUGGGAGAUGAUGGUGCUUUUGCGGCUAUUGGAAUGUAUGGACAGGCCAUUUACAUUGUCCCUGGGUUAAAUGCCGUCAUCGCUGUCCAGUCUGGAUAUCCCGAGCAUGAUCUUGAUCUCUUUACUAAGAAUUCUGAGUUUGCGACAUCGAUCUUGAAAGUUCUGAGAGGCCCACGAAGCAAGUAG